AUGGGAUAUGCCACGCCGCCAACGCUCAACACCCGCUCGUUCCCGACGCUUGUUGCUCGUGCUCUGACAAUAGAUGUAGAUGAGGAACGAUGCGAAGACUGGCCGUGUGACGACGUAUCCACGAACCUGGGGGGUUCUUGCUACAUCUAUGCAUACAACGACGACGAUGACGAUGGCGAGGGAAGGAGGCUCAGCAGCUCUUCUUCCAUGGCCGAAUGUAGCGACGACACGUGUUGCCAACGUGAGAGACGGGUAUCCACCGAUCCCAAUACAGCAACGGCAACAUGCUUUUCAAGUUCAUUUGGUUUUAGCGCACGACGCACAUUGAGCAGUGAACCUUUCUUCUUGAUGGUGCGGGUGACAACACCAGCUGCUAUAUGCGACUGUUUUUUGCCGCGUACCACCCACCUCCCCAACAUCUGCGGAUCCGCGUCGACACAAGCCAUCGACUAUACGUGCGACUCGUUCGUGGAUGCGGAGAGCGGUGCAAGCUUGUGUCCAUCCGGGUUCAGUGCUAUCGCCAAUGCCGAAAACGUCUCGUGCGGCGUCGGAGAGGAGUGUGACGAGGCGACGUGCUGCAAAAAUGAUGUGGAGCUUAUGUGCGACUCGUUCGUGGAUGCGGCGAGCGGUGCAAGCUUGUGUCCAUCCGGGUUCAGUGCUAUCGCCAAUGCCGAGAGCAUCUCGUGCGGCGUCGGAGAGGAGUGCGACGAGGCGACAUGCUGCGAAGAAGAUGUGGAGCUUAUGUGCGACUCGUUCGUGGAUGCGGCGAGCGGUGCAAGCUUGUGUCCAUCCGGGUUCAGUGCUAUCGCCAAUGCCGAGAGCAUCUCGUGCGGCGUCGGAGAGGAGUGCGACGAGGCGACAUGCUGCGAAGAAGAUGUGGAGCUUAUGUGCGACUCGUUCGUGGAUGCGGCGAGCGGUGCAAGCUUGUGUCCAUCCGGGUUCAGCGCUAUCGCCAAUGCCGAGAGCAUCUCGUGCGGCGUCGGAGAGGAGUGUGAGGAGGCGACGUGCUGCGAAGAAGAUGCCACACAACCGCCCACGAUGGCCCCGGAGUACACAUGCGAUUCGUACUUGAACGAUCUUGGCGACACGUUGUGCCCGGCUGGAUUGUCUCCGGUUGGUGGUGAAGUCACGUGUGGUGUCGACGGUGGUUGCGACGAUUCCACAUGCUGCGUAGAAGACACACCGAGCCCAAGCCCUGCGCCCACUCCGGCGCCUUUCGUGGCGCCAACACCGAGACCGAUCUUCACCGAACCACCGUUGACCCCCGCCCCUACCCGCGAUUCACGGAGGCCAAGUCCUGCGCCCACUCCGGCGCCUUUCGUGGCGCCAACACCGAGACCGAUCUUCACCGAACCACCGUUGACCCCCGCCCCUACCCGCGAGGAAACCCCUGCCCCUUCGCCGGGGGAGACUGUUCCACCUGUGUCGGAGCAAACCCUUCCACCUUUGCCGGAGCCAACUAUGCCCCCUACCCUCUCGCAAACAGCCCCACACAUUCCGUUCCAAACCCCGUCACCGAUUUCUGAGGAAACCCUUCAGCCUUCACCUGGGGAGACUAUGUCACCUGUGUUUGACCGGACCCUUCCACCUGCGCCCGAGUCAAGUGUGCCACCUACCCUCUCGCAAACGGCCCCUCCCGUAGCAUUCCAAACCCUGUCACCGAAUUCAGAGGAAACGUUUCCUCCUUCGCCGGGGGAGACUAUGUCAUCUAUGUUUGACCGCACCGUUCCACCUGUGCCCAAGUCAAGUGUGCCACCUACCCUUUCUCAAACGACCCCGCCCGUACCUUCCCCAUCCCUGGCACCAAUGUCAGAGGAAACCCUCCCCCCUUCGCCUGGGGAGACUAUGUCACCUGUGUUUGACCGGACCGGUCCACCUGUGCCCGAGUCAGGUGUGCCACCUACCCUCUCGCAAACGGCCCCUCCCGUAGCAUUCCGAACCUUUUCACCGAAUUCUGAGGAAACUCUUCAGCCUUCACCUGGGGAGACUAUGUCACCUGUGUUUGACCGCACCUUUCCACCUGUUGCGCCCGAGUCAAGUGUGCCACCUACCCUCUCGCAAACGACCCCUCCCGUAGCAUUCCAAACCCGGUUACCGAAUUCAGAGGAAACCUUUCCCCCUUCGCCUGGGGAGACUAUGUCAUCUAUAUUUGACCGCACCUUUCCACCUGUGCCCGAGUCAAGUGUGCCACCUACCCUUCCUCAAACGACCCCGCCCAUACCGUCCCCAUCCCUGGCCCCCAUGUCAGAGGAAACCCUCCCCCCUUCGCCUGGGGAGACUAUGUCACCUGUGUUUGACCGGACCGGUCCACCUGUGCCCGAGUCAGGUGUGCCACCUACCCUCUCUCAAACGGCCCCUCCCGUAGCAUUCCGAACCCUUUCACCGAAUUCUGAGGAAACUCUUCAGCCUUCACCUGGGGAGACUAUGUCACCUGUGUUUGACCGCACCUUUCCACCUGUUGCGCCCGAGUCAAGUGUGCCACCUACCCUCUCGCAAACGACCCCUCCCGUAGCAUUCCAAACCCUGUCACCGAAGUCAGAGGAAACCUUUCCCCCUUCGCCUGGGGAGACUGUGUCACCUAUGUUUGACCGCACCUUUCCACCUGUGCCCAAGUCAAGUGUGCCACCUACCCUUUCUCAAACGACCCCGCCCAUACCUUCCCCAUCCCUGGCACCAAUGUCAGAGGAAACCCUCCCCCUUUCGUCCGGGGAGACUAUCUCACCUGUGUUUGACCGGACCCUUCCACCUGUGCCCGAGUCAAGUGUGCCACCUACCCUCUCGCAAACAGCCCCUCCCGUAGCAUUCCGAACCCCUUCACCGAAUUCUGAGGAAACUCUUCAGCCUUCACCUGGGGAGACUAUGUCACCUGUGUUUGACCGCACCUUUCCACCUGUUGCGCCCGAGUCAAGUGUGCCACCUACCCUCUCGCAAACGACCCCUCCCGUAGCAUUCCAAACCCGGUUACCGAAUUCAGAGGAAACCUUUCCCCCUUCGCCUGGGGAGACUAUGUCAUCUAUAUUUGACCGCACCUUUCCACCUGUGCCCGAGUCAAGUGUGCCACCUACCCUUCCUCAAACGACCCCGCCCAUACCGUCCCCAUCCCUGGCCCCCAUGUCAGAGGAAACCCUCCCCCCUUCGCCUGGGGAGACUAUGUCACCUGUGUUUGACCGGACCCUUCCACCUGUGCCCGAGCCGCCUGUGCCGGGACAAACGCCGGUUCCGCAAUCAGCCGUCGACACACUUAGUCCUGCGGUUCAGACCCCAAGCCCGGCAGUUACUGUUGCACCUGGAGCGACGGCAUCCCCUGAAGCUACUAUGGCGCCGAUCACCACCAUCGCACCAGGAACUACCCUUGCACCCGGUGAAACGUGGGCCCCGGCCCUCACGAUUCGAACACCGUCUCCUGGAGCAACGUCUACCCCCGGGGCCACGGCUUCCCCUGGAGCUACUAUGGCCCCGAUCACCACCAUCGCACCAGGAACUACCCUUGCACCCGGUGAAACGUGGGCCCCGGCCCUCACGAUUCGAACACCGUCUCCUGGAGCAACGUCUACCCCCGGGGCCACGGCUUCCCCUGGAGCUACUAUGGCCCCGAUCACCACCAUCGCACCAGGAACUACCCUUGCACCCGGUGAAACGUGGGCCCCGGCCCUCACGAUUCGAACACCGUCUCCUGGAACAACGUCUGCGCCCGGGGCCACGGCUUUCCCUGGAGCUACUGUGGCGCCGAUCACCACCAUCGCACCAGGAACUACCCUUACACCCGGUGAAACGUGGGCCCCUGCCCUCACGAUUCGAACACCGUCUCCUGGAGCAACGUCUAUCCCCGGGGCCACGGCUUCCCCUGGAGCUACUAUGGCGCCGAUCACCACCAUCGCACCAGGAACUACCCUUGCACCCGGUGAAACGUGGGCCCCGGCCCUCACGACUCGAACACCGUCUCCUGGAACAACUUCUGCUCCCGGGGCCACGGCUUCCCCUGGAGCUACUCCUGCACCUUCGGGUAGCACUGGAGAGGUAGAAAGCCCUGGGACAAUAGCCGCUGGAGCGGUGUCAAUUUUUGCCCUGAUCGGCAUAAUGGUGGUGUCCACCGGCAGCAUCGUCAGGUCGAACCACGGCAAUGGGUCAGUGUCAUCUGCCGGCGGAGCGGGGGGAGCAUCUGCGGAUGGCUCCCGCGGCCUUGUGGACACGGCUGGUGCUAUAGCGCCCGUUGGUGAGACAGGCGAAGGGGAUAGCCCCCCCCGCGUCAGCCACCGCAGGCCUUCGGCGACUUUGGCGUUCGUGCUCAUGACGCAACUCCAGUUUCUUGCGAUGCUGUCGCUGGUUGACUAUGUCGUGAGCCAAGGUUCCUGGCUCGCCGACUUCGUCGUCGGUCUCAGAUGGAUCAAUCUGUGGUGGCCAGCGGACAUCGGCGAAGACAUCGCCUCCGACGGGUGCAUCUUCGAAACUGGGGCAAGUGAAAUCGGCGCCUUGGUAUUCGUGGGCAAUCUUGCGCUGGUGCUAGGCAUUCUCCUUGCCAUAUUCUUCCUUCACGUGGCGGUGGUGUCCGGAGCAGAGGCACUCUGGUUGACGAAGAAACGCGCCCGAGAGAACCUAGACGGAGCACGCCGUCGUAACACCCCUAUCAGUGAGCUGCUGGCGCGAUUCAGGGGCGGAAGGAUAAUACGCCAGACGAACCCGGGUCUCACCGAUCCCAGUCCGUUCGCCUCUAGAAACCCAUCCCUUGUACGUGAUGGGUCACAGAGAACUGACGAGGAGGAAGGAGGGCGAGAAUUGGUGCCCAUGUGCAGCGAGAAUCGGCUGAGCCCGGUGGCGAUGUGCCGGGAGCACUCGACAUCGGCCUGGCUCCAUUUCCCGCACGUGGAACUAGUGUUCCUGUUUUUCGCGUUCGAGGGGGCCGUGGCGUCGUUCGCGUCUGCCAUUCGGAACUCUGAGUGCCCAGAGAUGUUUUACACGGCAAUAGCAGCGAUGGUCUUGUACCCGCUGUUGAUGUUCGCGACGGUCGUCCGCACUCUGUUCGUCCGGGUUCGUCCCGACGAGCUGCUGAUAUUCAAGACGUACGACGAAGACGGCACCAACGGCAACACACCCAACGGCAGAGGUGGCUUCCUGUCCCGUUUCAAGAGCAGCUGGGCCGAGAACUACAGCCUCUUUUCCUGGGCAGACAAGGGGCAGUGGGAGACAGUUCAAACGCCGAAUCGCAACAUCACAAGAGAGGGCGACUGGUUCCGGAUCGGGUUCGAGCCGGUAUUUGUUGACUAUACCAAGCGGGGCACUUGGUUCAUUGUGAUCUCGCUUGUGGAGUGGGCCUCCAUCGCCUUGGUCGGGGUUAUGAUAGACAACAGCUACGUGCAGCUUCUUCUGUUCUGUGGCCUACAGUCGGCGAUGUUUCUCAUCCUUGUGUGCCUCAAGCCUUUUGCGAACAGUGUGAUCAACGGUAUUGGGGCAUGCAUCGUGGCCAUCGAUGCCGUCUGCACGGGAUUAUUGGCGGUUGCAGCCCUCAAGUGGGAGGGGACGAGCAGAGCGACAGAUGUGAACUCUGCAGUCGGUGUUCUACAGAUAGUCUCGCUCUGCGCUCUGGUAAUUCCAGUGUACUUGGACGCUGUAACAAUCGUGAUGGGAGCUAUUCGCAAGCGCAUACGAAAAGCCUUGGGCAAGACCGGGCAGCAGUUGACAGGCGAAAGUCCGGAAGCCCGAGACUACAUUCGCACCUUCACCCGACGGCAGUGGUGUGGGACGUGGUGCGCCAUGUUGAGGCACAAUGUCUUUGCCUGCGCGAGAGAUACUCGUGACGGCGUUCGCAAACCCCACCUCCUCACAGCUGCUCGUUCGGGACCGUACCCUCCGUUGGACAAGAGCAUUGGGCCGGACGGGACGGAAGGCGACGGUGGUCCACCCCGCCGCCCGAGUUUCAACGCUAUCGGCACUGUGCACACCCCUGUUGUCGUUAGUGGCGAGGUGGCGGGGUCGCGAGCAACCGCGUGGGGUGGCAUUCCGAGGCAGAAUUCCCUGCAGCACGGUGAUGACCGGGCCGCGACCGCCUCGUUAAACGGUAUGAGCGCCGUGCCUGGUGCUGCCAGCGGCAAGGUGGUCAUACAGCAAGGAGUGGACUCGAGCGCGCGCGACGCGAAACCUCCUGCUGCCCAAUCUGCGGUCUUCGCCUCCACGGACCACGAUGCGACCGUGUCGAUGAACGGUAUGAGCGUCGUGGAAGGUUUUUCCAGCGGUCGUGAUGUGAUACACCUGGGCGUCGACUCGAGCGGGCGCGACACGGAACCGCCCGCUCCCCCAUCUGCGGUCUUUACCUCGACGGGCCGCGAAACGGCCGCUUCGUUGAACAGUAGGAGCGUGGUGGAUGGUGUUUCCAGUGGCAAGGAGAUCAUACAGCAAGGGGUGGAUUCGAGCCGGCGCGACAUGGAACUGCCCGCUCCCCCAUCUGCGAUCUUUACCUCGACCGGCCGCGAUGCGACCGCUUCGUUGAACGGUAUGAGCGCGGUGGAAGGUGUUUCCAGCGGCAAAGAGAUCAUACAGCAAGGAGUGGGCUCGAGCGGGCGCUUCGCGGAACCUCUUGCUACCCAAUCUGCAGUUUUCGCGUCGAUGGACCAAGAUGCCGCCAUUUUGAUGAACGGUAUGAGCGUCGUGGAAGGUAUUUCCAGCAGUCGGGAUGAGAUACACCAGGGUGUGGAAUCGAGCGGGCGAGAACGCGAUUCUCGUGUCGCCCCGUGCGCUAGCCACUCGUCCGACUUCAUCCCCACAGAUGUCGAUGAUGACAAGAGGGAGCGUAUCUCCGUGAAAGCCUCGUCCGUUUUUGAAUCUUCUGGCGGCGGCACGUGUAUGGUCCAGGCUGGCGCUAGCGGGAGGGGACUUAUAACAGGUGAUGGUCUUGGAGGAGCUGAUCAUUCCCGUGGUGCGUCCGCGACCGCUCCAUGUCGACACGACGUUGGACCCACGAAUAUUUCCUCGGCAAAAGAGCGUGUCCUGCGCUUCCAGAAUACGCUCUUCGUAUCCUCCAGCGAUAUCGCCUCGGAAAGCAGUUCGGCCGCGAACGGGGGGAGUAGUAGAAGUAUCAUUCGACGUGGCGAGUCGAACGAGCACGAGAACUAUGCGCCAUCACCGAAGGAGACAAGAGCAACGGGAGUUGGUAGCGACCAGAUAUCGGGAGCGGGCCGGGCCGGAGGUGAUAGGAAAGGUGAACCCAAGCUAGCCUUUCUGAGAAGUCGUCCUCCCGUAGAGAAGGACGUGCCGAGGCGGAGGGGCGUCGCUGGUCUUGCAUUGGCGGCCGCGACAACCACCGUGCCCUCCGCAACGGUACCGGGGUCUGAAAGCACCACUAUCGACGACGAGAAACUCGAUGGCGAUGGGGGAGCUGAUGAAAGUAUGGACAGUAGCGGUCGGGGGAACCCGAAAGGCCUACUUCAGGUUCCGUGGGGCGCUCGAGGUUCAACCGAAAUCGACGUGUCCGAGCACAUACUCCCGGCUUUAUGUGAUUCUCCUGCUGCGAGUGAGUUCUUGAGCGCAGACUCGGACAAACAACGAACAGGUGCUGGCCACCACCAUGGCGGGAGCCGACGGAAGUUUGGAGGUGCCUUACCGCGACUAUCUUUGACCUCUCGGAACAUUCCUACCGAGAGCUCCCUCCCUCGCCGGCGCUCUGUAGACGCGUGGCAUCAUCCGGUAGACGAGUCGAUGAACAGCCUGCGCGUGUCUAUUCAGGAGGAGGAAAACGGGGGUGCUACGAGCAUCGGCGCCGGCAUCGGUGGUGGCACGAGCGACAUGAACACCGAGGAAGAGGACGACCUCCCGAGGGUGGAUGUUACGACACGCGAAGGGAGCAGCAACCGCGGCGAGUCUGGGAAGGGAGGAUCGGGCCUUUGGGGUCUGAAGAAUAAAGCGCCCGUCGCUUACGAUCUGCCUCGCCGUGGCUCGGGAUACUCUGCGGAUUCUUCCGGGCGUGCGGACGGGAGUCGAGGUCAGAUCUUGCCCCAGCGGGAGGAGACCGGCGAUGUCUGGGUUGGAAAUGAUCCCGACAGUGCUGGUGCGACCGCUGGUGAGGGCAGGGAACGAUCUAGCUCCGGGGCAAGGAGCACCUCUGUCUUCGCUGGACUAAUGGGCCAAGCGCGCAGGCCACUUGAGAGCGACCGGCCUAGACGCCGCGAGUCCAUGGAGACUUCCCUUGUGAGCGAAAGAGUUGUGCUUCCGGGCGAAGAUGUGUCGAAAGCCAGUGGUGCGAGCGCAGAAGACGUCGACAGCUCGUCCGGGUUCGCCGUGUCGGCAAGCCGUAGGGCAGGCGGCAGCAACAAAGUAUCAAGGGAAUUGAGGUGGCCCGCGGGUGCAAAGGGAACAACUCCCGUCGCCAGCGAUCUUCCCCGCCGAAGCUCCAGUUACUCUGCCGAUACCUCGACUCAUUUCACGGGUGAAUUAGACGUCUCCGGAGGCAGAGCAUUUCAGGAGGAGGCACAUAAUGCGGAAAGGAUCGCAUUUGGUAUUCGGAGCGAUGCUAAGCCCGGGGUUGACUCUGCCAGGCAAGAUUCUCGUGGAAACCCCGUUGCGAGCGGCGGUCGGAAGAGCGUUUUUCCGACGCUCGUUGGGUACAAGCAUGCACCGGUCGAGAGCGAUCUACCCCGGCGUCGGGCUAGCGAAUACUCAGGAGCAGCAGAACCUAGCGAGGAUCCCAGGGUGGACGGGGCGAUGGGUGGUGGUGCCGAUGCAGAUGAGGCCGCAGCUGAUGAUUCGAUCGGCAAGAGCGACGUCGACAGCAGCAGGGGACAAAGGAGGGACGGGGCGCGAUGGGGCUUGGGGCGUAGAGCGCCCAUCGCGAGUGAUCACCCGCGGCGUUCCUCUGUCCGCUCAUCGGGCCCUGCUCACGCCGUAGCCGCUCUCACUCCUCAGGGUUCGUCACGCCAUGACGACGCUGGCCUCCCGGAAAGCUUUGUAUUUGCCGAAGACUACACCUCUGUUCGUCUAGGGGAUGGACUAGGGGUGAGCGUUGGGUCAUCUAUGUUAGAGAGUGGAGAAAGCAGCAGUUUAAUACGGGGUUGGAGCGGCCGGACCCAGUCCGCUCGUAGCCAGCAUUCCCCCCGGCACGGGGACGUGGAACCCGAGGUGAAUACGGACGGCUUUAGCUUCACCCGGGGUCCUACCGCCGUUCGCUCCGGCCAUGGCCUAGGUAUCAGCAUUGGAUCGUCUAUCGGAGAGAUCGAUGGAAAUGAUCAUGAUCUUGGGGAUCUGAAAGACCAAGCCUAGGAGGUUUCACCAGUGCGGAGGGUUGUUCGAGAAAAUGGUGCUUGAUUGUGAAAUACCGGUGAAGACUAGUGAUAAUAUAAUGCGGUAACAGCCCGCAAUAUUUCCCGAGAUCACAAGAGGGAUGUUGUGUUUGCCCCCAGAGUUGCUUCUUGGGAGCGCGCAGGUGUGGCCCCCAAACGCAGAAAUGCUUUACCUUAUUUCGCAGCACGCGGUUUAUUGUUGUCGAAUGCAUAUAUAUCAGAAACAAAGCGGGGCUUUGAAAUUUGGAUACACGAUACCACGUGUUCUAUCUGCUGUUGUUUUCUGUUCCCACACGCGAUCUCAACUUUGGUGUAGAUUGUGAGUGGACUUUCGAGCGUCGGCGAACGCUUUUGUCCAAGUACACCUGCUGUAAACCUUGUGGUGGAAUUGCUAAUUGCUGAUUGGAGUGUUCUGUGUGGCUGGGUCUGGGAACGGACCGACACCAGCUUGUUGUGUCAAAACCGUUGUAAGUUAGUUCCCUUGUACAAGUGUUAUCCUCCUAUGUUCUUUGGACUCGAGAGGGGUGUUUGAAAAAUGGUUAGCGAUUGCCGCUGAUCGCUGUUUGCUCCUGAAAAUACGGUGAGCUCGUGAUAAAGGACUAUGAAGUAUUCGGCGUGUAACGAGGUAUCUUUAGAAAAUAUAGCUUUCCAAAUGCGGCAUGUUGGGCCUGUGUAGGUCUUUGCCGAGUCAGUCCUUUGUUGGAGGGCUGCGUUUUUUGCACAUUUUUGUUGAGCUGAUUCUACGGAUGGUUGACGUUCGAAGAAAGUGAACAAAAGUCUGCUGCUCUUCAGAAUAACGGAGCCUCAUUCUCGUGUUGGUCAUGAAGUCUAGUAUUUUCGCGUAAGGAGACGCGUUGCCAUUUGUAGGAGAACUGUGACGUUAUUCAUUUUGUGCGUAGAGCGGAUGGGACGACAAUGUGCCUUGGUCGGCGAUCAAAGCGCUUCUUUCAUUAUGGAGAGAAGAAACUCGCUUGUUGUGGAGUGGCAAGGCGGGCACGGAUGCUGUCACGGAGAUGACUGCUCUGUGCUACCGUGCACACAUGCUUUCAGAACAAUAGGGCGUGUCCGCCACAGGAUGAGGAUGGCGAGGUAGCGUGCGUACCGUAGCAAGAGGGUCAUGUCCUUGGAGGUGGUCAUGCAUGCAUUCGACAACCUAUUCUCCACCAGACGCAUUGAUGCAAAUCCUUGUAUUUUGUUAUUUCGGGGAUCACGUCACCUUUCAGUUUUUCCCCUACUGUACAUCUUGUUCAUCACCAUUGUGGUCGGUUGUUGCUGUGCUCAUUGAACGUUGACGGUGUUUUAGUCUUUACACUAAACCUCUGGCUGCCGUAUCCCGCGCUGAUCCGCCAAACGAACCGACAGGAUUCGGGUUCACAGAUCGACACAAGUAUACAUACGAUGAAGAGACAGAGAAAAGAAAAGCAACGAAAAUAACUACAACUAGUCUAUGCCGAGGAAUGCCCAAAGGAAAAACCGUUACAAACAAACCUAUACAUACGUAGCAUGUAUCACCCGAACCACGGGAUUCAAUUCAAAUACCAGCAUAUUCCUCACGGAAGCUAUAUCAUGCGUAUCAUAACUCCGACAACAGUCCACACCCAGACUCCCUUAGAGGUGCGAAGGGGGCUUCGCGAAGCGAAGAACAGUAAUAAUAGUGCAGGUCUAGUAGUACACUCCGUCGCAGAGCAUGCCUUCGCUGGCUCAUCGCCGCGAAAUAUUUGACACCACCCACUGUAAAGACCAAUCAAUACUUAUUUUGCUACAUGGGAGAGUACACAAACCUCGAACAGGAAGGAACUAUCGCGCCAAAUUUAUGGUGGAAGAUACAAACCAACAGGGGGUUUCGCUUUCUACGCAAUAACCGAUGAUCCCAGUGCACCGAUCCACUGUCGAAAGUGACGGCCAUUUCGUCCCGGGAUUGGUUGAAUGGCGGCGGUACCAAAACCACGAGGACAACAACAGCAACUGUACCUACCUAUUUUGUCCCAGCUGACCAACUCGGCCCUCCUAGCGUUGCCAACAUGAUCCAUUUCAUGAACCCCGGAAAUGUCUGGACAUCACUCUUGUGCAUUCUUGACGAUCGAUCAAUCUUGGCUAUGGCCAAAACGGAAAAUACCGAAUGUUCAGUAUCGAUAACGCACGACUCUUUGAGUCAUAUUGCAGCUGCUGGCAUGUAUGUCUACCCCCCCUUCCCCCCCCCCCCCCCCCCCCCCCCCCGAUCUCGAUCUUGCACGUCAAACCUUGUGUUCUUUUGUGUAUAGAACGUCAAGUGGCACCAGCCAGUCGAGCUUAAUCGACGACCUGGUUGGUGCAACGAAGGGGUGUGGGAAGAAGUUCUAUGGCGUCGUUGGCCAUCCGUGGAACAUGUUGCCACCAGAAAAGACCGGCAUGAACCAUGACUGAUUUUCGGGAAUUACUGACUCGGUUUCGAAGAAGAGCGGUCGUUGCAUUCCCCUCCCUCUACCCCACCCUGCUCCACAAACUAUGCAUGCAUAGGAACGCUUGAAACUCUGGCUAUGAAUCAGCUAUGCAUGCAACCUGCAUACCGCCAUAGACGACGCACGAUUUUUUCUUUUUUCUGGUCUUCGCCGCAUUUGAGCCCGUCGUCCAUGCUCCUUCCUUUGAAGCUGGAUUUGCGAGUCGGCACUACACCGGUUGCUGUCGCCAGUGCCGCCGCACCUCCCAUUGCACUACAAACCAUAGCCUAUCUAUGGUGGAGUCGCUGUUGUUCUGGGUGCGCCCCAUCCCGCCCGGCGCAGGACAUA